AUGAACCAGAAAAUACAACGACUUAAAGAUGUAUAUGAAAGUUUACUUCACGGUUUAACAUGCCACCCCACCCCUAAUAAUUGCGUAUUUCCACAUGUUACACAACAACUUCAGCAACAAAAUACUGCAGGACAAGAUUUCGAUGAUGAACCACCAACCAUUAAGCUAAGAGGCGCACCUUUUACAUCUAAGCUUUUUAAUGUGGUAAAAUUUGCAAAUGUUGUCCGUCAGGGUCAUCGUACAUUGGUUACCACUAUUCAGUUAUUCGAAGAUAAACAUAAGCUUAAUGAAAUAGGUAAAGAAAUACGCAAUCGUGAAAAGGAUGAAAAUAAGCUUAAUGAAACUGUUGACGAGUGUCAAGUUAAUACCAAAACAAUAAUAAUUUCACAAAUACCUACAAGAUCUCCAUACACAGUAUUAGACAUAUCAAUUAUAAACACGCAAACUGAAAUUCUUUCAAUCACCCGUCUUGAAGUCACUUGUAUUGGGUCUCCUACUCUCGUUCCAACAUAG